AUGCCUCGUGGUCAGAAGAGUAAGCUCCAUGCCCGGGAGAAACGCCACCAGGCCCGAUGUGAGACUCGGGCUUAUGAAGAUGCUCAGGAAGCAGCAGAAGAAACAUCAGAAACAGCAGAAGAGUUUUCUGCCGCCUCCCAGAGCCAGCCUGUGGCUGAGUCUUCCAGCCCUCUCAAAGAACCUCAGAAAGCAACAUCCACUUCAACACUUAUUCUGAGUAGCUCUUCCUCAGAAUCAGAUGAAAGCUCCUGUGAGGAAAGUGAGCCACGUAUGCAAAAGGGGUGCCCUUUUGAGCCCAUCCCAACCACUACCAUUCUGCACCAAGAUAUGAUUGCAAGGAGAGCAAUGGUUCUGCUACAGCACCUGCUCCACAACUACAAUUUGAAGCAGCUCACUACCAAGGAAGAAAUGCUGAAGGUUAUCACCAAGAAGUAUGAAGACGACUUUCCUGAGAUUCUCAGGAAAGCCUCUGAGAAGCUCGAGGAUGCCUUUGCAGUGGAAGUGAGGGAAGUCAACUCCAGUCAGCCCUCAUACAACCUCAUCAGCAAGCUGAAGCUCCCCAACAAUGGGAGGAUCCGUGCUGGCAGAGGCUUACCCAAGACCAGUUUCCUGAUGAGUGUCCUGGGUAUCAUCUUCAUUCAGGGCAACUGUGCCAGUGAAGAAGAGAUAUGGAAAAUCCUGAAGAAGAAGCGAAUCUAUCCAGGGAAGAAGCACCGCAUCUUUGGUGAGCCCCGGAAGCUCAUGACCCACUAUUUGGUGAAGCUGAAGUACCUGGAGUAUCGGCAGGUGGCCAACAGUGAUCCUCCAAGCUAUGAGUUCCUGUGGGGUCCCCAAGCCCAUGCAGAAACAAGCAAGAUGAAAAUCCUGGAAUAUUUGGCCAAGAUCAACAAAACAACACCUAGAGCCAUCUCAAUCCUUUAUGAAGAGGCUUUGAAAGAUCAGCAAAAGCAAGCAGAAGCCAGAGAUGAAGAUAAUACUGACACCACUGACCAAUCUACUGAAGGCUCCCCAGAAAAAUCACCACCAGCUUCUCCCACCCCUGUUGACACUUGA